AUGAAACCAGUGGUUGGAGUAAAGGGGGCGCUCGGGCAGACCUGCUGUCACCGGCUGACGCCCCCCAGCACCAGCGUGGGGCCGGCGGCCGGGCCAGCUGGCGAGUUGAGCUCAGCGAAGUGUCAGGGCCCAGGCGAGCCCCGCACCUGUCUCACGGCCUCCGACUCUUUCAGGGAGCGCGCGGAGCUUCUGGAAGAAGCCAAGAAGAUGGAGAUGGCGAAGUUCCGCUAUGUCCUGCCCGUGUACGGCAUUUGCCGGGAGCCCGUCGGCCUGGUCAUGGAGUACAUGGAGACCGGCUCGCUGGAGAGGCUGCUGGCGUCCGAGCCGCUGCCGUGGGACCUGCGCGUCCGCGUCAUCCACGAGACGGCCGUGGGCAUGAACUUCCUGCACUGCAUGUCCCCGCCCCUGCUGCACCUGGACCUCAAGCCCGCCAACAUCUUGCUGGACGCUCACUACCACGUCAAGAUUUCCGACUUUGGGCUGGCCAAGUGCAACGGGCUGUCCCACUCACAUGACCUCAGCAUGGACGGCCUGUUCGGCACCAUCGCCUACCUCCCUCCGGAGCGCAUCCGGGAGAAGAGCCGGCUCUUCGACACCAAGCAUGACGUGUACAGCUUCGCCAUUGUGAUCUGGGGUGUGCUGACGCAGAAGAAGCCGUUCGCAGACGAGAAGAACAUUCUGCACAUCAUGGUGAAGGUGGUGAAGGGCCAUCGCCCCGCGCUGCCGCCCGUGUGCAGGGCCCGGCCGCGGGCCUGUGAGAGCCUCGUGCGCCUCAUGCAGCGCUGCUGGCACGGGGAGCCGCGGGAACGGCCCACCUUCCAGGAAAUUACGUCUGAAACUGAGGACCUGUGUGAGAGACCUGACGGUGAUGUGCAGGAGGGCGCCCAGGACCUGGACGCAAAGCAGCCACCGGAGCCCAAGAGCCCGAAGCCCGCGUGCACGCCGCUCAAGCGGGCCUCCGCCCCGACCUUCGACAGCGACUACAGCCUCUCGGAGCUCCUGUCCCAGCUGGACGCGGGCACCUCGCGGGGCCUGGGUGGCCCGGACGAGCUCAGCCGCAGCUGCUCCGAGUCCACGCUGCCGUCGGCCGGCAGCGGCAAGAGGCUCUCGGGGGUGUCUUCGGUGGACUCCGCCUUCUCCUCCAGGGGCUCGCUGUCCUUGUCUUUCGAGCGGGAGCCUUCGACGGGCGAUCUCGGCACGACGGACGUCCAGAAAAAGAAGCUGGUGGACGCCAUCGUGAGCGGGGACACCAGCCGGCUGAUGAAGAUCCUGCAGCCCCAGGACGUCGACCUGGUGGUGGACGGCGGCCGCAGCCUGCUGCACGUGGCCGUGGAGGCCGGCCGGGAGGAGUGCGUCAAGUGGCUGCUCCUGAACAACGCCAACCCCAACCUGACCAACGCGAGGGGCGCCACGCCGCUACACGUGGCCGUGGAGCGGCGGGCCCGGGCCGUGGUGGAGCUGCUGCUGGCCCGGAAGAUCAGCGUCAAUGCUGCGGAUGAGGACCGGUGGACGGCGCUGCACUUCGCGGCCCAGAACGGCGACGAGCUGAGCGCGCGGCUGCUGCUGGAGAAGAACGCGUCGGCCAGCGAGACGGACUGCGAGGGCCGCACGCCCCUGCACGUGGCCUGCCAGCACGGCCAGGAGGGCGUCGUGCGCGUCCUGCUCCGCCGGGGCAUCACCGCCAGCCUGCCGGGGAAGGACGCCUGGGUGCCGCUGCACUACGCCGCCUGGCAGGGCCACCUGCCCCUCGUCAGGCUGCUGGCCAGGCAGCCAGGCGUGAGCGUGGACGCCCAGACUUCAGACGGCCGGACGCCGCUGCACCUGGCCGCCCAGCGGGGGCACUACCGCGUGGCCCGCGUCCUCAUCGACCUGCGCUCCGACGUCAAUGUCCGCAGCCAGCUCUCGCAGACGCCGCUGCACGUGGCCGCGGAGACGGGCCACACGAGCACCGCCAGGCUGCUCCUGCACCGGGGUGCCGCCCGGGAGGCGGCGACGGCCGAGGGCUGCACCGCCCUGCACCUGGCUUCGCGCAAUGGGCACCUGGCGACCGUCAAGCUGCUGUUGGAGGAGAAGGUGGACGUGCUGGCCCGCGGGCCCCAGAGCCAGACGGCGCUGCACCUGGCGGCGGCCGGCGGGCACUCGGACCUGUCUUUCGGGGUGCCUGUGGGAAAGAGGCCACGCUCAGUGAAAGUCCUGCUCCUUAAGGAAGGCCGCCCAGCUCCCCAGGAGAGCGUCUUCCCCGCAGGGGUGGCGUGCCCCAAGUCCACCUCAUCCCCUCAGCCUGGCCUCCGCCUCUGCCUCUCCUGUGCCUCCCGGAGUGAAGCCAGAAGAGGAGGAGGAGGAGACCUGGCGAAAGGCGCACUGCGUUUCCCUUGGUCCGGAGACCCGGGGGCGUCCGUGGAGAGGAGCCACGUGGUCCGGCCGGCAAAGCGGAUCCCAGCUUGUCGGCACGGCCACGGGCCUGGGGGCUGCCCGCGGGAGCUGGCAUGGAUGCGGCCGCCGGUUGUGGGGGCUGUGGCCUCUUCCUUCUCCGUCCACAACGAGCUAAGCCCCGAGCCUGAGAGCCCUGAGCCUGAGAACAAGCGUGUAGGAAUCUAUAGCCGCUGGACGGAGUGA